UAUGAUGGGCCUCCCCAUGUGGAUCCUUAGUGCUGUGGCAGAGCCCUUGUUACUGUGCUGGGAUUUUCCCUCCAGCUCCCGGCAGGCCAGCUGGGCUCACGUGGGAGCUCAGUGCCCUCCUGCUACAGAUCUGUCUCUUCCUUACAAUGGGGUGCUGGCACUGUGGGUCCUGGUGACGCACGUGAUGUACAUGCAAGAUUAUUGGAGGACCUGGCUCAAGGGGCUGCGCGGCUUCUUCUUCGUGGGCGUCCUCUUCUCGGCCGUCUCCAUCGCUGCCUUCUGCACCUUCCUCGUGCUGGCCAUCACCCGGCAUCAGAGCCUCACAGACCCCACCAGCUACUACCUCUCCAGCGUCUGGAGCUUCAUUUCCUUCAAGUGGGCCUUCCUGCUCAGCCUCUAUGCCCACCGCUACCGGGCUGACUUUGCUGACAUCAGCAUCCUCAGCGAUUUCUGACCCAGGGGGUGAGGUCUCUGCACCCUGGGGGGGCCUUAGGACCUGGACUCAGCCUCUGAGAUGUUGGGAGAGGCUACUCCCACCCCCUGGUGACCCCAGAACUGUGGCAGACCACAGCAGGACGAGUGUGGUCUCCCAGGAAGCUGUCCUGCCCGUCCCCUUUCGAGGAAACCUGAGUGUGGUAGAGAGGGGAUCCUGCCAUGUUGCUCCUCAUCAGCCUGGCCAGAGGGCAGCUUUAGACCUUUUCAAAUGGAUCUGUUUUCUUUUCUUUCUUUUUUUUUUUCUUUUUUUUUUUUUGAGAUGGAGUCUUACUCUGUCACCCAGGCUGGAGUGCAGUAGCGCGAUCUCAGCUCACUGCAACCUCUGCCUCCCGGGUUCAAGCAAUUCUCCUGCCUCGGCCUCUCAAGUAGCUGGGAUUACAGGCAUCUGCCACCAUGCCCGGCAAAUUUUUGUGUUUUUAGUAGAGACAGGGUUUUGCCAUGUUGGCCAGGCUGGUCUCGAACUCCUGAUCUCAGGUGAUUCACCCACCUCAGCCUUCCAAAGUGCUGGGAUUAUAGGUGUGAGCCACCAUGCCUGGCCUGGAUCUGUUUUCUUAGCAUGCAGUGAGGAAUCUUUGUACUUAAGGCCAGGGCAACAAAGUCAAGAGGUCAAGGGGUAGGGCCAUGAGGCCUGGAUCUAUGCUGCAGGCAAGGGUUUCCAUCCCUGCUGCCCUAGGCACUCUCUUCCCAAGGCCAGGGUGGGCACCUGGGGAGGUCAGUUCAGGAAUAUCUAGCAGAGACCUCUUAAGCCCCCAUCCCAGCACCCCAUCCUGUUGUUCCCAGAGCUGGUCUCCCAUGAGUGUGCUAGAGCCAGAUAGCCGUGGCCCCCCACCCAUCUCACUCACACACACAGGCAUCCAUACACCCCAGAAGACUUCCCAAAUGAGGCCAGACUCAGGGUCACGGGGGAUGUGCUUCUGCCCCUGUAAGGGCUUUGGGGAAGGGGGCAACAUAGUAGAGGCUGGAAGGAGCCCCCAAACCUGUGCCCAUGCCCCUCCAGCCCUGCGUUUCCAUUCUGCCUUCUCAGAGUGCCCUUACUGCACCCAGACCACCGGCCAGGAGAGACCUUCUCUCCCACUCCAGCCCCUCUCACUGCCCUUCAACUAGAGCUUUCACCUUUUUACAUUUCCCUUCUGAAGGACACAAAUCUGCUUUUCUGCCCAUACACUGGCCCAAGGGCUCACCUAACUUGGGAGGGAAGGGGCUGUUGUUACAAGGAUGAUUUUCUGUUAGACUGCCAUUUUGCACGGUCUCCCCCUUCCCAUCUGAUGUGUCCUGCCCCUCAGCUCUUUGCCUUAUCUGUGUCACUGUCACUUUAGCAAAAAUACAGCAGCCAUUUGUAUCAGCCUCUGGUGGUUGCUUGUGAGGUGGGACUCUUGCGGGAACAGGUGGACUUUGGGAGGAGUGGGCAGGGAGGGAGUGGUAGUGGCAGUUCUUGAGCUAUCUGAUUAAGCCAUUCCCCUAGUUCAGUUGUGCCCUGGAGGGCAGGGGACAGGGUCAGUAUCUCUGGGGCUGCAGUCCCUCUUGCCUUGGCCCUCCUGGCAUGGGGUAACCACCAGCUCAGCUCUCCUCCUCCAGCUUUCCUCUCUCUAGCACACCGCAGCCAGGGCAAGGAUGCCCACGGGCAUAGCUACAGCAACCCCUGUGGGAUUUGGUGUCCACACCCGAGAGGCCAGGCCAGAUGGGAAAGGGAUUAGCGCCUCUUCCCUCACACUCUGCCAGGCUGCCAGGAGCUUGGGCCAGGUCUAACGUAAUGAGGUGCUCCUCUUCCUGCUGGAAAAACCGGACAGACUCAGAACCACAAAGGCAGGUGCUGCCAGCCUGGCGCCUUCCUCUCUGCUUAGGCUGGGUGAGCUUGUCCAGGCCUGUGCCUCACCCCUUCUCUCUUCUAGGCUCAGUGUAUGCUUAAUCAGGCAUGGUGCAUCAGAGCGGGAAGGAACCAUCAACAGUGUAUACUUCUGGAGCCUUCUACUGAUAAACAGAGGCCCCAGAAGACGAUUUGACUUACCUGAGCUCCCAGCUGGGACUUAAACCCAGGUGUGUCUGAGUCACAACUCUUUGGGGAUGCCGUGGUGAGCUGGGGCUGAGCUCCUGUAUUCCCACUCCCCCACCCCACCCCCACUCCUGCCAUAUCAGGGCUGGUCUCUGUGGACUCAGCCCAGGGCUGCCUCCUCUUUGUCACCCCAAAGUGGGGCAGCCAGGGACAGCCAGGGUGUGUUCAGAAUGGGUUCUUCCUGCAGGGCAGGAAGGGCAGAUUGUUAAAGGGGCUGCGGCCCAGACCACCCUGGUCCCUCCUCCGGCAGUGACUCAGACCCACACUGUGCUGUGCAGCUGUGUGCCCUGCACACCCGCUUGACGGCGCACUGCUCACUUCUGGGGGGCCCUUUCAGAGGCACUUUUAAAGCAAAUAAAACAUUUAUUGUUCA